UUCCUUCCUCAGUUCUUCCCUCAGUUCCUUCCCUCAGUUUCCCUCCCUCAGUUCCCUCCCCUCAGUUCCCUCCCUCAGUUCCCUCCCUCAGUGUCCCUCCCUCAGUUCCCUCCUCAUUCAGUUCUCCUUCCCUCAGUUCCCUCCCUCAGUUCCCUCCCUCAGUUCCCUCCCUCAGUUCCCUCCCUCAGUUCCCUCCCUCAGUUCCCUCCCUCAGUUCCCUCCCUCAGUUCCCUCCCUCAGUUCCCACCCUCAGUUCCCUCCCUCAGUUCCUUCCCUCAGUUCCCUCCUCAGUUCCCUCCCUCAGUUCCCUCCCUCAGUUCCCUCCCUCAGUUCCUUCCCUCAGUUCCUUCCCUCAGUUCCUUCCCCAGUUCCCUCCCUCAGUUCCUUCCCUCAGUUCCUUCCCUCAGUUCCUUCCCUCAGUUCCUCCCUCAGUUCCGUCCCUCAGUUCCGUCCCUCAGUUCCUUCCCUCAGUUCCCUCCCUCAGUUCCCUCCCUCAGUUCCCUCCCUCAGUUCCCUCCCUCAGUUCCCUCCCUCAGUUCCCUCCCUCAGUUCCCUCCCUCAGUUCCCUCCCUCAGUUCCUUCCCUCAGUUCCUUCCAACUUGCACUCAUGCCACCUGUUGUUGGUGGCACAUGAUGAGUUGCACUGA